AUGGCCCUCGCCAAUUCCUUGUCAGUGAAGGGUGUAUCCAGUGCUACACGAGAGGCCAAGGGCAGUUUAGGGAAGUCAAUCCUGUCAAGCUGCCACCCGCCGACUGUACAUAAACGGCCAGACAGUCGCCUUCUAGAUGCAGAGAGCUCGUCCAAACCACUUCUUCCUCUUUUCUUUUCUUCUCCAGGAUACCCUUUGGCCUUAUUCCACCGGUACUUCCUCUUUAAGAAGCAACCAUCCCAUAUCCAUCUGUUCAACACGGUGACUGGGAUCUGCAUCGCCUACUACAACUUCGGCUCUCAGCUGUACCAUUCGCUAUUAUGCGUCGUGCUACAUUUUCUCAUCCUGCGCCUGAUGGGGAGGACGGUCACGGCGGUGUUAACCGGCUUCUGCUUCCAGUUUGGUUAUCUAAUGUUUGGCUACUACUACACUGCCACAGAUAACUACGAUAUCAAAUGGACUAUGCCUCAUUGCGUUCUGACGCUCAAGCUAAUUGGACUUGCGUUUGAUUAUUACGAUGGUGGAAAAGAAAAGACGACGCUCACACCUGAACAACAGCGUUACACCGUGUUAAGAGUACCGACGUUGAUGGAGGUCUGCGGCUUCUCCUACUACUAUGGUGGGUUUUUAGUCGGCCCCCAGUUUUCUAUGGUGAAGUACCUGAGGUUGGUGAAGGGGGAGCUAACCGAUGUGGAGGGGCAAGUUCCUAACAGUGUCGUGCCGGCGAUGAAGCGCCUGUGCCUUGGACUCUUCUUCCUGACGGUGUACACAGUGCUGGGCCCCUAUCUGCCCGACAGCUACUUCCUGACAGAAGAGUAUGCGAACCAACCAUUCUGGUACCGCUGCGUCUACAUGACCAUUUGGGGCAAAAUAACGCUGUAUAAAUAUGUGACUUGCUGGCUGGUGACGGAAGGUGUCUGCAUUCUGUCUGGCCUGGGCUACAAUGAGAAGGACGCCGAAGGCCAGCCGCUGUGGGAUGCUUGUGCCAAUAUGAAGGUGUGGCAGUUUGAGACCACGCCCCUUUUUACAGGAACAAUCGCAAGCUUCAACACCAAUACCAAUGAUUGGGUGGCGAGAUACGUUUUCAAACGGCUCCGAUUCCUCGGCAACAAGGCCAUCUCACAGGGGGCCGCCCUCUUCUUCCUGGCCGUUUGGCAUGGCUUGCAUUCUGGAUACCUUCUCUGCUUCUCCCUGGAGUUCCUUAUUGUGGUAGUGGAGAAACAGGCCAUUGAGUUGGUGAGGGAUAGCCCGUUGCUCUCACAGAUAUGCUCCAUAUCUGUUCUGAAACCUCCCCUGUACGUGGUACAGCAGUGUAUCCAUUGGCUCUUCAUGGGAUACCCGCUGGUGCCAUUCUGCCUUUUCACCUGGGACAAGUGGCUCAAGGUGUACAUAUCGGUCUAUUUUAUGGGCCAUUUAUUCUUCUUAUUGCUGCUCUUUGCACUGCCUUAUCUACGGUUAGUCCUGGUGCAAAAGAAGGACAAGCUGGAGAAAUCCCACUGACAGUGCUCAAUGAUUGUACAACGCUCCUUGCUCUUGUGGCAAUGCUGGGAAUGUCCUUCAAUGCCUUUUUUUUGGGGGGGGGGUGGUCAGCAUUAAGAACUUGAGGAUCAAGGAGUCAUCACUGCCAGAAAGGACACGAUAUGCUGAUACUAACUUUUUUCUUUCUUUUUUUGUUUUUUUUAAAAUGACAAAGGUCUUUGUCUGCUGCCAAUCCGGGCAGAGUCUCCGACAAGGUUUUAUAGACUUUUCUACCGCCUGGGCCUGUAUCCCGGACUCUCUAUUACUUGAACUUUUUAGGUUUUUUGAAGA